GUUAGUGGCUUCAAAAUUGGAUUUUAUGCGAGAUUUUUUUUGUUAUUUCUUAAAGUAAUUAUUCUAAAUUUUCGUGAGAUAUUUAUGUACUGGAUUAGCUGCAGUAUUUCUGUGGAUUCAAAACAAAGUUAUUUCACAAUUUAGUAAGUCGUAUAUUUAAUUUUCUUUUUGAUUUUUAUCAACAUGUCAGAGUCACGUGGUUUUCAGAUUCUGGACAUUAAGGAUGAUUUCUUUAAGACAUUUAAUUUGAAAUCUGGACCUGUCAUUGGGUCAGGACUGUCUGGAAACGUUGUGUUAGCCAGUCAUCUUGACCAGCCCCAAACAAAAACAGCGGUCAAAAUAUUUUCAACCGCAAGUGAAGACGGUGGUAUUAAAAGCAAGAAAAUGUUUGUUCGCGAGGUGAAAAUGAUGCAGUCUGUGGCACAUCCGAACUUGAUGAAAAUGAUUGUGGCAGUCAGAUGUCCAACGUACUUGGCAAUUGGAAUGCCUUACUACCAGAAGGGCAGUUUGUCCUCUGUUCUUCAUGAACUGACCCCCACACACCUGGCAGUCUACUUGGUACAAAUGGCAUUUGCCUUAAGUUACCUGGACAACAAGAGAAUUGUCCAUUCAGAUAUCAAACCAGCUAACAUUUUAGUGGAUGACAGAAGCAAUGCAAUCCUUGGAGACUUUGGUUUAGCAUUUAAUGUUCCACACGGGACGGAGAUCAUCAGCUCGGACAGUGUCGGAGGCACUCCGGCCUUCAUGGCGCCAGAGCUUCUCACAUUGGGUAACGUGGACCCAUUCAAACUGGAUGUCUAUUCUCUCGGUGCCGUAGUGUGGUGUAUUCUAUUUAAAACAGAACCAAAGUCUACUGUGACAUUUGACUAUCUUCACGAAACUAACAUGAGUCCAGAUAUUCCGCAACCUUACAGAUGGGCUCUGUCAAGGAUGCUGCAUCCAGUGGCUGAAAAAAGAAUCCAAAUAAAGCAAGUGUUAUCCACAUUGAAAGAAACGAAAUUUUGUCCAGCUGUCAUGGAACACUUAACAAAAUUUGACACCUCAAGAUAAGUGUCUUUUCAGCUUAACUGUACUACAAGAUGUAAUUCAGCCUUAUAAGUUAAGCCUCUACAUUAUACAUAUCAAUAUAGUUAAAUGACAAGUUAACACCACACACACCCCAGUGUAAGAAACUUGUAGAGUUGUAUUACAUCAUUUUUAUUCUCCCAUGAAUAACUUUUAAAAAAUCCAGAAAGUAGUUAAACUAGAAGGAAACUAUAUUAUGCCUCAACGAAAUUUAAAAAACAUGUUUAGCCUUUUGUUUUCGAUUUACACUUGGGUUAGGACCUGGCAUAAUUGCAACGGCUUCUUUUGUAUUAAUAAAUUACAUAAUUUCCGUCUCUUUAACCCUUAAAGUGCUGAGCUUUUUUACAAUGAACGCACACAAAAUGUAAUUACAAUCCUAGUGUUUUAGAGGCUAAACUAUCACACGCGUCUAAAGGGUUAAAGAAGAAGUUGUGUUGUAUUUCUUUAGUUAAAUUGUAAAAUAUGUAAUUAACUAAAUUGAUAGCAUUAAACUGUUUUAAGUCUUUCGAUUCGCAUUUUUCCUUUUGUUGUAUUAUCGUACUCUGAUGUUUGUUUGUUUUAUUAAAGGUAUUUAGAUAAGAAACAGUUGGCAUUUUGUUGGUGAAUAUCGGAGUGCUGACGACUGGCAAAACACGAAUUCCUGACACAAUUACACUGUAAUGAUACUUCUAUUUGGAGCUGGAGCUGAAAUACAGACGAAAAAUGUCUACAAUUAGUUAGUUCUACAGUAUUUAAGCCUCUGAUCAUCUCCUGUUUGAAAAACGAAAGGCUUUUUCUGCACUGACAUUGUAGACGCACAGAAAAUAUGAAAACAAUCACAUCACCAGCAACGACAUUUUGAAAUAUCUACAUUUGUUUUGGGAGCCACUUUCUACUGAUGAUGUCUCCUGAUCUCAAGUUAUAAAUGCUUCUGUUAAUUUAGGAUACUUAGUUUAACCCCUAGUGCUGACCUCUCUUAAGUAAGGAAGCACAAUUUUUAAAUGUCAACUUAUAAUCAAGCGAAAAAAACUGUAUAUAUGAUCUCAUGGACAUUUAUAUAAACAUACGCAGCUGUUGAAAGUGCAAGCUACAUCUAGAGAAACUGACGUAAAUACAGUUAUACAAAGAUUUUUUUGUUUUCUAAUGAUAAUUCAUGUCUUCUGAUUAUCAAUUUAAUUAUAAUCUAUUCUAUGAGCACCAUCACUGUUGUGUUGUAGUUUGGACAUUUUUACAAAGCUUAUAAAACAAGUGA